AAACAGAAUCUCAAAAAGAAUUAAAAAAAACCCCGAAAGGGGUCAUUAGGAAAAUAAUCCACUGAUCCCAGAAAUCUCACCCAUUAAGUCUCUCGCUCUUCUUUCCAAGGUAGGCCGCGAGAGAAGCCAAGACAAGUCCGCCCCCAAUUCUCCUCUAAGCUUUGACUCCGAUCGAUAAUACGCUCUCUUUAUCUUUCACUUUUUCUCUCAAUUUGAGGUGCGAUUUUGAUGGCGUCAAAAUUGCAACAGUUGCAAUCUAAGGCGUGUCAAGCGUCGAAGUUCCUGGCGAAAAAUGGAACUGCUUAUUACAAGCAGUUGUUGGAGCAGAACAAGCAAUACAUUCAGGAGCCACCGACCGUGGAGAAAUGUAGCGAGUUGUCUAAGCAGCUGUUUUACACUCGCCUUGCUAGUAUCCCUGGUCGUUCUGAGUCAUUCUGGAAGGAGCUUGAUUAUAUCAAGAAUCUAUGGAAGAACAGGCAAGAACUGAAGGUUGAAGAUGCUGGUAUUGCUGCUUUGUUUGGACUGGAGUGCUUUGCAUGGUUUUGUGCUGGGGAGAUAGUGGGAAGGGGUUUUACUUUCACUGGUUACUAUGUCUAAGGGUGAUCAGCCAGUGGAAGGUUUUUCAGGGAGUUAAAUGUGUAUGCUUUUAUCAUUGUUCGCAUGAUUGAAUUGCGGCUACUCUAGAUGCACAAUUUUGUUGUUUCAUGGAAAUUUUGAAGCUGAGAAAUCAGUGGUUAACUUGAUAACCUGAAUAAUUUUUAUAGUUGAAAAUGACUUAGGUUGAUAAGCCUUGCUGUUGUCUCGUUAUCUUCACAGAAUUUACCGCAACCAAGAUUGAUGAUAACGGUGCAAAUUACUCUCAACUUUUCUCCCCUAAUCUUCCAUUCUGUUUCUAUCCCCAGCCAAAUCGUAUGUGGUGGGAUUAGCAUUCUAACAGUAACAGCCUGUACUUGACUUAUUAGAUUUAACUAGCUUCUAUGACUCAGAUUUUCUUUCUUAUAGUAGCUUUUAACAGCUUUGGUGGUUGCUUUUAGUUGGUCGGCCUCUAUCCAUGACUCGCCAAUAGUUUCUCUGCUAUGUUUUUCUUAAUUUGGUGGUUAUACUUAAAUAUGUUAGACCAAGUUCAGAAUUAGACUUAGAUCUCCUAUAGGCCUUUGCUCUUUCCGUGAUAUUGUGGCCGUCACCAACCUAAGACUUGUUCUUCGAUUCAUCUGUAGGCGAAGCUGCUCCUAAAUCUUGAUUUGGAAUUUUAACAAUGCAGCACGGUUGUGGAUUUCUAUCAGUCUAAAGUACAGUGGAUAGCUUCGAGCUUGACAUAAAUAAAUUGAUACUAGAACAUCAAUUGCUCUUGGCAUUUGCACGAAUGAAGAAUCAAAAGCUUUUCUUUCGGCCUAGAAAAAGGAAUCGAAAUUUUUCUGCGUUUGCCCUU